AUGACGUCUGCGCAAGAUAUCAGUGUGCUCAAAAAACAUAGAGCGAUCGUUAAAGGCGCGUGCACGCGGAUUCACACAUAUAUCGACGCGAUUUCUUUUGCCACUCCGGCUAUCGCUGCUCAACUUGAGGAACGUAGAAUCAAGUUAGACGAAUAUUGGUCACAAUACAACGCAAUACAAGCGGAGAUAGAAUUGCUUGACGAAAAUGAGGGCAAUGACCGGAUCGGCUUCGAGGAAGCGUAUUAUUCGCUUUGCGCAAAGAUUCGCGAACUUCUUAAUCCAUUAUCAGCUCCGCGGGCGCAACCGACACAACCGUAUUCACCGUCUACGUCGAGCGCAUUCAAUCGAUCGGAAAAUCAUUGCAGUGUUAGAUUGCCCAAGUUGAAUCUUCCAACGUUUUCCGGCAAAUACGAUGAAUGGUUUCCAUUCUACGAUUCAUUUAAUUCAAUUAUACAUUCAAACGCGUCAAUCAGUGACGUACAAAAGUUACAAUACUUAAAGUCUACACUUACCGGUGACGCGAGUGGCGUAAUCAGUGCAUUAGAAAUUUCCGCCGCAAAUUAUCAAAUAGCAUGGGAUAUUUUAAAGGAGCGUUAUGAUAACAAACGAAUGAUUGUUCACACGCACAUUAAAGCAAUAUUAGAUUUACCCUCGCUCACCAAGGAAGAUUCAACCGAGCUGCGUCGAAUCGCGGACGGGGCAAUCCGACAUGUUCAAGCCCUCAAGGCACUUAAAUGUCCCACGGCGCACUGGGACGAUCUGUUAGUAUACAUUCUAACCUCAAAAUUCGAUCCACGUACAUUACGAGAAUGGCAGUCCUCUUUAACAGGUACUGAAACUCCCACAUUUAAACAAUUUAACGAUUUUAUUUCUCAACAUUGUUUGGUGUUAGAGACCACAAACAAGGUCAGUCUCGCUUCCAAGGACACCAACAAAAAUUCACAAACCAACGCAAAACGACAAUCUACAUGUGCAGCAACAGUCAAAUCCAAGUGCAACUAUUGCAAGGGCGAGCAUCCCAUGUAUUAUUGCAAGGAGUUUUUGGCACUGCCAAUCAAGCAACGGGCGGUAGAGGUACGCAAUCGCAAACUAUGCGUCAACUGUCUCCGCUUUCCGAUGCAUUCAUUGGACAAAUGCACAUCUAGAGGUUGCAAAAUUUGCAAUAUCAAACACAAUACGUUGUUGCAUACGAGCACCAGCUCGGCGGAGGAUCACUCCGGCACUUCCGGCACAGGGGAAUCAAGCAUACAAAAUUCCACGACAGCCGUGACGACACAUUCGUCGAACAUUCAAGGCAAAGAUCACAUAAUGCUUUCCACAGCUGUGGUCAAUGUCAUAGCCUCCGAUGGCACAUCACAUUCAUGUCGAGCUUUACUAGAUUCAGGAUCUCAAGCAAGUUUCAUUUCUAGACAACUCGCCGCAACUCUUGGUUUACCACUACGCCCGCUAAACGUCACAAUAUCUGGUGUCAACAGUACCUCAUCAAAUGCUACAAUGGCAACCAAGCUAGCGGACCCCCAUUUCAACGUUUCCUCCAAGGUCGACAUUUUGAUCGGAGCAGAAAUAUUUUGGGAGCUACUUUGCAUAGGACAAAUCGAGGCCACUCACAGCCAUCCAACUCUACAAAAAACGAGACUAGGAUGGAUUCUGGCUGGACGUCGCAGCAUCACAGCGGCGCCUGCAGAAAACGUGCGAGCAUUCACCACAGUCAUAUCCAAUGCUCAACUGCACGAUCAACUAACACGGUUCUGGCAAAUUGAACAUCUCGACAAUCAAGUCGUAAACAACAAGGACGAUGCUUACUGCGAGGAGCAUUUCGAAGCCAACGUGGACCAGAACGAACAGGGCAGAUACAUAGUAAAACUUCCAAUCAAGGAAGAAUUAAUCGGCAACCUUGGCAACACAAGGGACAUCGCAUUACGACGCUUACAAGAAACAGAGCGUCGGUUCAUACGAGAUCCCAACUUAAGGGACCAAUAUGUCCACUUCAUGGACGAAUAUUUAAAACUAGGACACAUGAAGGAAGUCAGCGUGUCUCCACUUGAGGACACAGCAUCUUUCUACUUGCCUCAUCAUGGCGUCUUCAAAGGCGCUAAACAAUCAUCCAAGAUUCGUGUCGUUUUCGACGCUUCAAGUAAGAGCGACACAGGAUUAUCAUUAAACGACGUCUUGAGAGUCGGCCCAGUGGUGCAGCAAGACUUGAUGUCAAUCGUGAUGCGAUUCCGCACCUUCGUUCACGCUUUGAUCGCAGACAUCAUAAAAAUGUACCGACAGGUGCUCAUACACCCUUCGCAAACAUCUCUUCAAAGAAUUUUGUGGCGCAGCGACUCCAAGGCGGACAUCAAAACAUACGAACUGAUGACAGUGACCUAUGGCACAUCAUCGGCUUCUUUUCUCACAACCAGAUGCAUCAAACAUCUAGCCGAUCAUCACUCAUCCACGUUUCCCAUUGGAUCAGCGUGUAUAAGGCGCGACUUCUACGUCGACGAUCUACUGACCGGUGCAGACACCGUCCAAGAAGCGGAGACUCUUCGAGAUGAAACGAUCAAACUAUUAAGGCUAGGCGCAUUUGAGCUUGGAAAAUGGACUUCCAACACCCCGGAAUUGCUGGACGCAACACUCGACAAAAAUGACAAACCCGUUGUCAUCGACGACGACGAAAGCGCCCACAUCUUGGGGAUCAAAUGGAACGCCAACACAGACACGUUACAUUUUUCAUACGACCCUGUCAUGUCACAUGACACAAUCUCAAAACGGAAAAUUCUAUCGGACGUUUCCAAAUUAUACGAUCUACUUGGUCCAAUCAUCGUCAUCGCCAAGUUGAUACUACAAGAUCUCUGGCGAGCAGGCAUCGAUUGGGACGAGUCAGUUCCUCAGAACUUACACGACGAUGGAUUAAUCAAAGUUGGAGGUCGAUUAAGGCAUUCAAAUCUAACACAGGACGCGCGUCACCCGGUGCUGCUACCGAAAAACACGAGCUAUCAAGACGAAUCAUCACGCAAGCACAUGUACAAUGCCGGCACCCAGGCAACGAUGGCCGCCGUCCGACAGCAAUUUUGGCCUUUAUCAUUGCGAUCUCUAACACGAAAAAUCAUUUUAAGGUGCGUUAAAUGCUUCAAGGUUAAGAAUGUUCAUUCAGAAACCAUUAUGAGCUCCUUACCUCCUAGUCGCAUCACUGUUUCCCGACCAUUCUCGUAUUGCGGCGUGGAUUACGCCGGUCCGUUAACUCUGCGAGAGGGAAAACGCAGAAACGCGCAUACUCACAAAGCAUACAUCGCCAUGUUCGUAUGCUUCGCUACCAAAGCGGUACACAUAGAACUAGUCAGUGAUUUAACCACCGACACGUUUUUAACAGCCUUCAAAAGGUUCAUAUCGCGCAGAGGAAAGCCUUCCCACAUGUGGUCAGACAAUGGCACUACUUUCGUAGGUUCCCGUCAUCGUUUGCGCGAAUUCUCUAAUUUUCUCGAAAAAGAGUGCACACAAAAUGAAAUCCAGUUAUUUUUGCGCGAACAGCGAAUAACAUGGAACUUCAUACCACCCAACGCUCCACAUUGUGGAGGACUCUGGGAAGCCGCGAUAAAAUCGGCAAAAUUCCAUUUAUAUCUGUUGGAAAGUUGUAAUUUUCAUCAGGCUAAUUGA